UUUGUUUUUAUUAUUUUUAUGGGAGGAAAAGGAAAACUAGAUCUUGAAAAGAUUUAUAAUUUCCUUUUGAACAGUUUGGAUGAUAGAGUUUCAAUAGAAGGAUUCGCCUUUGAGCCAAUUAAACUGGGCGGAUUAUACUGGUCCCUUACAGCAAUUUCUUUAUUAAAAGGACCUCCAAAUUCCAUUGUUCAUCCUAAAACAAAGGAAACAUUGGAAUCCAUGUCCAUCAAAUUUUUAUCCCUUUCAAAAAAUGAUGACGGUGCUUUUGGAUUCGGCCCUAAACAUCCUUCUAAUCUUAUCGCAACACAUUACGCUAUCUUGACAUUGGCUCUUAUUAACAGGCUGGAUUUUAUAAACCGGAACGAUAUUAUUAAAUUUAUUUCAACUCUUCAGAAUAAAGAUGGAAGUUUUUCGUCCGACAAAUACGGGGAGUCUGACUGUAGAAAUUCAUACAGCGCCUUAGUGUGUCUUUCUCUACUUGCAGGUCUGAAUAAUAUCGAUUUAAGGAAAGCAGUUGACUUUAUUUUAUCCUGCAGAAACUUCGAUGGCGGGUUCGCCUGGCAGCCCAUGAACGAAUCCCAUGCAGCUGCUUGUUUCUGCUGUAUUGGAGCUCUUGCAGAACUUGAUUUACUUUCCCUUAUUGACUCAGACAAACUGGGCUUCUGGCUCUCUGAAAGACAAACUACAGAUGGUGGGUUAAAUGGCAGACCAGAGAAGAAAUCUGAUAUAUGUUAUUCUUGGUGGAUUUUAUCAGUUUUAUGUAACAUAGGUCGUCUUGACUGGGUAAAUCACGAUCAGUUGGUGGAAUUCAUAAUCGAGUCCCAAAGUCAGUCUGACGGUGGAAUUGCUUAUUUUCCAGGUUAUAUGGGUGAUGUUUGUCAUACCUUUUUUGCUCUCUGUGGCAUUUCUCUGAUUGAUUCCCAAAGGUACAAUUUGACCCAAAUCCACCCAGUCUAUGCAACAACAUUGGAAACAGUUGAAAGAUUAAAACGUUUCAAACUAUUAAACACAACCGAUUCGUAGUGUAAUCACAAGUUUACUACACUGAACCAACCCUUAGAGCACGAGCCCUUAACAUGCAAGUGGAACAGAAAUAAAUGUAAUGAGUAAAA